UUUUGGCAGCACUAGCAAAGGCAGUUCUAAGGGGCAACAUUUGAAGCGCUUCAUUUAUCCAUCUCCAUCCAGCAGACGCUGAAGCGAACCGCCGAACCGAUAAACAAUGGAUAAACAACAAGCACAACAAUUGCAAAUUGCAGCGCUGCCGCCGGAGAUUGAGAGCGAGCACUUCUUUGAGGGCGUUGAGAAGCUGUUGGAAGUGUGGUUCGAUGAACGUGCCACGGGCGAUUUGCGCAACAUAACGCGCAAUCAAUGGGAGAAUCUGUUGCGCCACGUCAAAUGUGAAAUAAUCAGUUUCACACAGAACGAACAUAUCGAUGCAUUCCUGCUCAGCGAGAGCAGCAUGUUUGUCUCUCGUCGCCGCUGGAUACUGAAGACCUGCGGCACCACCACGCCCCUCAAGUGCUUGGAACAAUUGCUCAAACUGGCCCAAGUCGAGGGCUAUACAGUGAUCACGGAUAUCUUCUAUUCGCGCAAGAAUUUCACACGUCCCGAGGUGCAGAAUUCACCGCACAAAGGCUUCUACGAGGAGGUCACAUAUUUGGACAGCAUCUUUCCCGAGGGACGUUCCUAUUGCUUGGGCUCAAUCAAUCAGGAAUGUUGGUAUCUCUAUACGUUCAGUCAACCCGAGAAGGAGGGCGAAGAGGAGGAGGAGGAUGAAGUUAAACCGAAUCAGAAAUUGCAACAAUUGCAAUUGCAGCAACCCGCUGAUUUCGGGGAUCCCGAUCAGACGAUUGAGAUAUUGAUGCAGCAGCUCGAUAACGAUGUCAUGGCGCUGUUUACCAAAGAUAAGUUUGCCACGGGUCAAGAGGUCACACAGAGUUCCGGCAUUGAUCUGUUGCUACCCCAAAUGCAUAUCGAUGACUUUCUCUUCGAUCCGUGCGGUUAUUCGAUGAAUGGCAUCAACGACAAAGGCGAAUACAUGACCAUUCACAUUACGCCCGAGGAGAAAUUCUCGUAUGUGAGCUUCGAGAGCAACGUGGCCUUGGACAAUUACACGCGUCUGAUCAGUCAGGUGAUCAAGACAUUCAAGCCGGGCAAAUUCAUUGUCACCAUAUUUGCGAAUAAAUCAUCGUUGGCCUACGAGACGAUGAAGGAGCUGGAGAUCGAAUACUCCACGCUCUCCAAUUGGCAACGCACCGAUAUGCAGUGCUGCAAUUUUCCCUCUUAUAAUCUCCUCUUUGCCCAAUACUCGCGUGGCAAGUCCAGCUAGACGGCGCUCCCUUACCGGACACUGAUGCGGAGUAGGCGAUGGGAACAACCGUUCCGCAUUCUCAUCCGGAUGAAUAACUCUGGCUGGAGCUGGUGCUUUGGCUGGAAAUGCUGCAAUUCCAAAAAUUCCUUUGUUAAUAAAUCUUUUGUUAUUUUAA